UAUGAGCAUUUGUUAUAUGAAGACGUGUUGCAGUUAUAAAGGGAGAAAACUAUAAUCAGAGAAACAGGAUUCAUUACCUACAGACGUACGGCUGCUGCUACGACUUACAGUAGUGAGAAUAACAUCAGUUAUAUCAAGUUUCCUCUUAUAAGCCAGUGGAAGUGAUGGCUGUUUGUGGAAGUUGGAUACUCUGUGUUGGUGCACUGCUUGCUUCACCAGUUCGUUCAGAACUGUCUAUACUUGGCUGUAAAGAUGGUAGUGUAGACGUUGUCGAAGGCACGGAUCAACUUUUCACAUGCGGUGAAUACCAGUUUACCGGACCCCAGUGGACUGUUUAUGACGACGAGGGGCGAGAACUUUAUUCUGGGUCUUGCUAUAGGAAGUCAUGCACACCAUGGAAUAAUCAGUUUCGACUACAUGAAGUGGACCAUGAAAAGAGAUAUAUGUUUACAUCAAGGCUGACGAUAAAGAAAAUCACGAGAGACUCGGCUCGUAAAUUAGUUUGCAGUGAUUACUUGACAAGUGCAAGUGCAUUUUGCGACUUAAAAAUACUUGCUCUCUAUAUCAAUGAUUGCUCAUCUGGAGUGAGAGAUGUAACGGAAGACACUGACGUUAGUUUUACCUGUGGUCAGUACACUGACCAGAUAGAAUGGUCUUCUUUUGAUGGCUACGGGACGAAGAACUACAUCGGUCGUUGCAAUGACGAUGGGUGUACAUCCCUAAAUGGCUCACCAUUUUUCUUACGAGAGAAAGAAAUUUCAAAAAUGAAAUACGAGAGCACGCUGUCCAUCAGGAAUGUCACAAGACAUCAAGAUUUUUCCCUUCGCUGCAAUGAGGGGAACAUAACUGCCACGUGUAGACUGCGAGUUAUAGUGCCUGUAAGCAUUGUUCCCGAGACAUGCCAAGUACAGCUGUCAGGAUGGAAGGUGUAUGGAGUGUGUACAAUUCAGUGGCUCGAUACAAUAAACGACAUCCCGGAUUGCUGGUGGAGCUUCAGCUAUCAGUCUUCUCCGCCUACUGCACCAGAUGACUUAAAGGGAUUGCUCAGCUCUUCGAUUUUUGUUACUGUCGGUUCCGUUCGUUACAAAAGACGAAGUUGUUCUUUUGAGCAGGACAUGCCAGUCAUUGCUGGAUAUUAUAACUACAGCAUAAGCGUAUCCUCACACCCAGAUGAUCAGUUUUCUAAAGUUCUUCUUAUAGUGCGUCCAGGGCAACUUACUCACAAUUGUCUCAUUCCUGUUUAUGAGGGAUCCAGUAUGAGUUGUAAGUGCAUGUCCUCGUAUGUAGGAAGUCCACCAGCAGAGUUUCUGUGGGACGAUGUGAACAACGACACGUUACACCUUCACAAUAUUCAGCGACAGGAUAGUGGCAACACUUAUACAUGUCGGUUUAGAUGGGGAACAAUCAGCGAUACAAUUUUUUACAACUUAAUGGUAAUAACUCCUGUCAGCAACAAUCCUAACAGCUGCAGUGUACAGCUGUCAGGGUGGAUUGUGUCCGGAGUGUGUAGAGUUCAAUGGCUACCAUCAGAACAGGAACGCACGUGCAACUGGAUGCUAAAAACCAAGGAAAAAAGCGAAAAGAUACCUAAAGUUCAAAGUACUUCCAGUUAUAAAACAGCGGAUCAUGUUUCUUAUAUGAACUGUUUUUUUGUGCGUCCAAUGCCUGUGAUCACUGGAAAUUAUACCUAUAGCAUUGACGCAUCUUCACACCCAGCAGACAAGUUCUCAAAGUCCUUUUUUAUAGAGAAACCAGACGCGCCUCAGCACAACUGUUCAAAGAUGCUUCUUGAAGGAUCCAAUGUGACCUGCACAUGCUUUACAUCGAAUCUUGGAAAUCCACCUGCACAGAUUGGAUGGGCAGAAUCUAGCAAGGAACAUUUUUUCAUAGAAGAUAUAAAACGAGAGAGAAACGGUACCAUCACUACAUGUAGUCUGACAUGGGGAUCAAUCUACAACACAACUCCAUACAUGAUUCUCGUUGCUUUUGGGCCCUCGGUAGCUUACAUCAGCAGCAGCAGCGAAGAAACAUCUGGCGAUGAGACCAAGACUGAGUUAGUGUGCACAGCGAGUGAUGUUUACCCGUCUGCCUUCUUUCGGUGGAACAUCUUGUGCGAAAACGAGACUAAGAACGAAACCACUAGCAGGUGCACGCUCCCUACAUCACCUACAGCAGACCAGACGACAAUCAAGUGCACGGCAAGCAACCAGAUCUUUGCACAAGUGUCAUCGACAACUAUCUAUGUCCUCAAACCCACACAUAAUCCUUAUCAGGGGGGAGUAAUUGCUGGCAGUGUUGUGGUUGUGCUUCUUCUUCUUGUCAUUGUGGCAGUUAUCAUUCUUUUUAUCAAACGACGAAAAGUCAUCAACAAACCCGAGACACAGACGCCUACUGUACACUUUGCUGCGCCAUCUGGAGACAUCUACACCAUUGCAGGCACAACGACUGGUGAUCAUAGGGAAGAUGAGUAUGUCACAGUUCGUGAUACGACUUGCCCGAACAACAUUCUUCAACCACAGACUCCAGUUGUACGCUUUGCUGCGCCAUCUGGAGACCUGUACAGCAUCGCUGGCCCAGCGACUGCAAGAGAAGUUAACCAAGCAACAGAACGUAUGCAACACAAACUACCUUGUCAUCAGACUGAAAAUAUCAUUUACCACAACAAUCAAGGGACGGAAUCAAGAAAGAUGCCAAUAAAGCCCAAGCCGACAAGACUGGGCGAAAAGAGUCGUCAGCCUUGGUCAAGUAAAGCAGAAUUCGAUAAUAAACUCGAGACACAGAGACCAGCUGCACACUUUGCUGCGCCAUCAGGAGACCUGUACGCCAUCGCUGGCCCAGCGACUGCAGGAGACAAUAAACAUGUUACUGAAGCAACUAGCAACCUAUCGUAUGCGCCAAAGAGUAGCAGCGGUCAUCAGGCUAGAGAUAUCACUAACAUGACAAACAAAGGAAUGGAUUCAAAAAAGAUGGCAAUCAAACCCAAGCCAACAAGAUUCGGCAAACAGAGUCGUCAAGAUGUGCCAGUCACUGGAUACAUGAAUGUCACUCAAGUGCCGACGGAUUCUGGACUGGGUGUGUAUCAUGUUGUUCCAUGGGCUGCUAAGUCUGAAACAGGGAGCUCCGAUGUAAGGGUACAUGAUACAUCAAAAAUGUCAGAGGACGAAUACAAUGUUCUACGGUUCCAAGAGGAUCGCACUGGAGAAGAAGACCAUGCCAUUACCUACAGUCACCUCAACAUCAAAUAAGCGAAUUCAGUUUGCUUUCGGAAAAUGCAUUUUAAAUAUCUACUUCUUACUAUUAUUUAUUAAACACCCCAUCAUCUAGAACUCAGCAAAAGUGUUGUUUGAUAAAUUCUUUAAGAUCCCUUUUUCUUUCAUCUCAACGCUUUAAACGUUAAUAGUAGUAAACUGUUGAGUCGUUUUUAUUGACAUCACUACAUCACUUUUUUGGUAGCUUUUACUUUUUGAAAUAUGAACUGCAUAAGGGAGACCAUCUACAUGUGCUUCAUGAAUACAAAGAUGAUUAGAAAUAUGAUGCUCAGGUUUAUGUAAAGGAUACAGACAGUGCUCCAAAAGCAUUUAUUUUCAAAUAAAGAAAUAUUGUGUGUUCUGUGUGUGUGUGUGUGUGUGCGCGCGCUUUCUUAACAUGUACAAGUUUUAUUAAUAACAUUCUUAUAUAAUUACAUAUAAUCAUUGCUGGUUUUAAUUUAAAUAGAUAUAUUUUAAAUACUUGUCAAUUCUUUGAAGUCACUACUUCCUUUCCAAUACUAAUUUGCUUUUUUGUUUGUUUUUAUCGUAGUUGUUAUAAAAGAAUAACAGAUCAUACUCAUCUUACUGUCUGUUCAUUUAUUUUUUCUGUUAAAAGUUUUUAAUUUGUAUUUCUAUUAAAGCUUCAUUAGAAUAUAUCAGAGAUUGUGUUGAAUGAGGUCACAUUUCUAACUUUUGUGAUUUUUGGUGAGGCCAAGUUUAUUCUUAAGAAAAUCUUUUAUCAACAUUGAACAUUGACUUCUUCAGAUCCUUACAAGCUCUCAAAAAAAAAAAAAGAAGAAGAAAUGCUGAGGUGUUUACAUUUCUCAUUGUAUGCAAGCCAAGUUACUAAUUGACUCUCGUGACCUCGCACGCAAUUUCAAUUUAAAUACUUCACAUUCUAACCCUCACACAUUCUAACCUUUACACAUUCUAACCCCUGAUACAUUCUAACCCCUUACACAUUCUAACUUUCACACAUCUUAACCCUAACACAUUCUAGCUUUCACACAUUCUAAGCCUCACACAUUGUCACUUAUUGCCCUUUAGCCUCUUUUCAAGAUCCGUCACAGUGUAGAUACUCCCCGGUGCAUGGUGGUUGUAGUUAUUAUAGCUGUAAACUCUGCUGCUAAUUGAUGUCAAGAAACUAAAAAAUGGCUACCCAAGGUCUUUUUCAUGUGGUCGUAAUGUUGAAGACCAAAACGUAUGCACCGUUACACUUUGAUUAUUUGUAAUCUCGGUUAUAAGGAUGUCUAGACUAAUACCGUACACGCAAAAAUAUUUUGCAUGACAAAACAAUAUAAUCCCAGUUGACUUUCAUGCUUCUUCAUAUGUUAGAUGCAAUAAUUUUAAGUAAGUUCUUCUCCUUGAAAGAGAACACAUUAUAUUAAACGCAUGAUAUCUCAGCAGUGACAACACAAACUGCACUAAUAUUGUAAGCUGAUUCACUGCUUCCGGAGCAGCACACACGAUUUUAAUGACUGUACUAAACGGAAGAAGGAAAUAAAUACGUCUGAGCCCC